GAUAAAUAAAUACGACCCGUUUACGGGUAAUAAAGGAAAAACAAAGCAGUGAGUCAGAUGAUAAGAUAGACGCUGAUUUCAGUGUUUGCUCGGGUGAUGUGUGUAAUUUUAAAGGCGAAAAUGAAAAAAUGAACGCUCGAUCACAAGUGUUCGAAUUGUCAGUAGAAGGAAGACAGAUUGAGGAGACUGUUAGCAGUAUAUUUCAUACCUUGUUGCUCCAAAGAACAGUCGGAAAGUUUCACUACAAACAAGAAGGAACAUACUCUAUUGGCACUGUUGGAGUGGAGGAUGUGGAUUGUGACUUUGUAGACUUUACAUAUGUCAGAGUGGCUUCUGACACUCUGGAUCAUAUGAUCAAGAAAGACAUUGCUUUAUUCAGGGACACCCUUCGGAGUAUGGAUAAUCCAGGAUCAGGACAGAUUUCCUUGGAGUUCUACCAAAAGAAGCGAGGCCGAUGGCCUUUCCCACCGGAAUGUAUUCCCUGGGAGGUGUGGACAGUGAAACUAGACAUCUUAACACUCAAUAACGAAAGUGAAAGACAAAUUUGCAGGGAAAAACUUGGAGAAAUGUUAGGAGAACGAGUCAUCACUAUAGCAGACCUGAUGAAUCGCCAUGACUACGUUCCCAAGAUGCCAAAUCAGACAGAAUUAGAUUUGAUAUUUGAUACAAGCUUGCCAGAUGUGCAACCAUACUUAUUCAGGAUAUCCCAUCAGACUACGGGUCCUUCCCAGUCGUCUGUUGGAACCACCAUGAGGAAGUUCAUCAAGGACACACUGGCCUUAUGAUGCUGCCACAGGGACUGGAUCAAAGUCUCUCAGAGGUGGAUCCAAGUCCAUCAAGGGUGAAUCAAGGCCCCUCCUUGGUGGAUCAAAAUCCCUGAGGGGUGGGGAUUUAUUCAAUAUAAACUAAUGCAGCACCAGUGAAUGGUCAGCUUCGCUUCUACUUGUGUCUUUCACAUUGAAUUACAUGUAUUGAAUCUGUAUGUGUCCAUUUUGAAUAUAACAUACAGUACUUAAUUGUCGUUUAUUUUAUAUGUUAGCAGUUUGUAAUAGCUUUUUUCUGUGUUAUAAACGUAAGAAUGGUUUUGGAGUAGCUAAGUAGUACAUGUUUCAAUGAACACUACAGUCAUUUUUUUAUUGAUUCAGAAAUUUUAAUACACAUUGAAAUGCUGUAUGUCCCAAUGAAAAAAAAAAUUUUUUUUAUAAGAAUUUAAAGAUCAAUUAUCAAAAAGUUGUUGUUUUAAUAGCAGAACAUUUGAAAGUUGAAAUAGUAAUAAAAAUGUUAAAAUGCAACCCUAUUCAUUACUCCUGUGAAAGAAUUUCAUGAAUGUACCUGUUGUCAAGAAAUAAAGCUGGAAAGUGGUAACUAUUAAAUCAAUACCCUUUUUAAAUAAGUACCUGGUACGGGAUAAAUUUAUAGCAAUGAUCUUUAUUUCUAGUGAAACAUCAUCUAAAGUAGUUAGAAAAAAACCCCAGUAAUAUCUAUGGAUGUCUUUCAUGUCAACAGAAAUGUGAAGAUAACAGAGAGAGAGAGAGAAAGAGAGAGAGAAAGAGAGAGAAAGAACAUGUACAGCAAAUAUUUUAUAAUGGAACAUGCUCAUUUGAUUUUGAUACAUUACUGUCAUUUUAUGGUAAGAAUCAAUCUUCCAAUUAUUUAUGGUAUAGUACAUUGUAGAUUAUUUGAUAUUACUGUACGUUUUGUUUCCUUGGAAUCUUGCAUAAAAAUUGAUCACCUUAUUUUUGUCAACUCAUAAACACCAUAGUGUUAUAUAAUCAUCAUCCACUUAUAAUUGCUAAUUAUACUCAUAUUUUCAACUGCAAAAAAUAUACAUACGUGAGAUAUUCAACCAAAUCAAUUGUGUGCUAUAUUAUGUCUUGUAUUUUUUCCACGGAAAAUAUGUUGCUGUAAGUCAGAAUAAAUUUUGUAUAAACCACA